AGGCAUUUGAGACACGCACUCAACAAGUAAACACAUGAGCGAAACAGUGAUGCGUGCAGGCAGAGGGGUCAGGGAAGGCGGUGCAAAGGAGAGGCAGUGAAGCCGAACCCUGGGCAUGAGAGCCAGCCGGUCGUGGAGGCAACUGAGCGCAGGGCAUGGCCGGCUGAAGGCAUGGCCAGGGCAGAGGCCGUGCCGCGUGUUUGAGGAACAGGAAGCGGUGCAGCUGGCCGGUGCAUGGGGAGCUUAGCAAAGUUCCUGCUCCCAGAGCUUGGAACAGAGACCUGAAGAGGCCGGGUGACACCCCUCCCAGACCCCUGGACGCGCACAGGACCAGACAGGCCUCAGUCUCAGAGCAUGGCACAUCCUGGGAGCCCUGGAUGGAGGGGACCCACAGCCCAGUGCAUGGCAGGGACCAAACCGAAAGUACCAGCACCGGGCCCAGAACUCUCAAGCGUGGGACCUGAAGAGCACUCAGAUGCCCAUAGCAGCCUGAGCUCCAACUCCAGCAUGACCACGCGGGAGCUGCAGGAAUACUGGCGGACGCGCAAGUGCCGCUGGAGGCACGUCAAACUGCUCUUCGAGAUCGCUUCCGCCCGCAUCGAGGAGAGGAGAGUCUCCAAGUUUGUGAUGUACCAGAUCGUUGUCAUCCAGACCGGGAGUUUUGACAGCAACAAAGCCAUCCUGGAACGGCGCUAUUCAGACUUCGAGGCGCUCCAGAAGAAACUCCUAAAGACGUUCCCGGAAGAAAUCGAAGAUGUCGUCUUCCCCAAAAAGCACCUGAUGGGGAACUUCACAGAGGAGAUGAUCUCCGAACGCAAGCUGGCCCUUAAGGAGUACCUGAGCCUCCUCUACGCCAUCCGCUGCGUGCGCCGCUCGCGCGAGUUCAUCGAUUUCCUUACGCGGCCCGAGCUGAAGGAGGCGUUCGGCUGCCUGCGCGCCGGGCAGUACACCAAGGCCCUGGACAUCCUGGUGCACGUGGUGCCGCUGCAGGAGAAGCUCACGGCCCACUGCCCCGUGAUGCUGGUGCCCACCCUGUGCGCCAUGCUGGUGUGCCACCGCGACCUGGAGCGCCCCGCUGAGGCCUUCGCCGUCGGGGAGAGGGCCCUGCAGUGCCUGCAGGCCCGGGAGAGCCACCGCUACUACGCCCCGCUCCUGGACGCCAUGGCCCGCCUGGCCUACACGCUGGGCAAGGACUUUGUGUCCCUGCAGGAGAGACUGGAGGAGAGUCAGCUUCGCAAGCCCGCCCCCCGGGGCUUCACCCUGAAGGAACUCACCGUCCAAGAGUAUCUGUGUUGAGCCGCCCUGGGGGGAAGGGGGAGGGGAUGCGUGGAAGCCGGUGAUCUGGGAUCCCCACUGCGCCUGGGCCGUUUCGAGUUCAUGUUGAGAGGGAAGAGCCACUCUGGGCUCUAGCUUGCGGGUGACUCUGAACAAGCCCCUCUUCCGGGCCUGUUUCCCCAUCUGUGUUGAGCAGAGAUGCUCCCGACGUCCUUGGAAGCCUCUGCUUGUGUGUCCUGUGUCCCCAUGACGCCAGGCCCACCUCAUCUCAAAAGCACAAACCCAGCUGGCCAAACACUGGAGAAUAAUGUCCACUUUACUGGUGUUUCUGCAGGCAGCUGGAAGGGAGGUUUACACUGCACACCGCAAAGCUUAAUCCAUGUGCUCAUGCUUGCAAAUGUUCCCACCCGUUUCUUCUAAGUAUGCUAGCCCUUCCCUCUUAGGUGUAGACCAAUUCAGUAAAACAGAAGGUCGGCUAAAGCGCCUCAAGGCCAGCUUUGUCCCCGGGGUGGGCUAUGUGUACUUUAAGAUUCUGGGAUACAAGGCAUCUUUAGCAAGGGAAGUUGCCAGGGGUUUUCUGGUUUGGAUGCUAUAACUCAUGGCCUGGGGUAGGUUUUCAUUUGUAAGGCCCUUGAAUGGCCUCCCUGGAUUAUGUAGACAUAGCCCUGAAGGGAGGUGGGCCUCUGGGUAGAAGAGAUUGAAGGCUCAGCACCUCCUCAUUGGAAGGAUGAUAGCUUGGGAAGCCCUUAACUAAAGUCUGCUGUCAGGUCCCCGAGUGAAGUGGAUUCUGGACCAAUGACCAGGGGUUCAGCACAGGGCCAGAAGUUGAUGGACAGGAUGGUUUGGGCCCCUGUGCAUAUGAGGCUAGUAUUUCAAAGACCUAAGCCAUGUGGCUGAGCUUAUCCAGGUGAACUAAAGAGGCUGUAACUUGGGAACCUUAGCAGGGGGCACCACGUUGGCCUGAGCCAGGAUGUGGCUCAGCAAAGGGAUCAUGUAGCAAUGGACAGGCAUUCACUGAACUGCACCAGAAUGUGUUCAACAGCGACACCAUGUGGCAACACCUGGAGUGGCCCAACCAGGCUCCUUCCUGGAGGUCACAGACUGACACUUUCAGACCAAAAAAGCCUUCAGUUAUCUCAAUUCAUUCCAGGAGAAGGACAGUCCAAGUGAGAGAGAUUGGAUUUCUUGAAAAGCUGGGCAUGUGGAAAGUUAAAGGUUUAAAUGGAAAAAUAAAAAGAGCUGCAAUUCUUUUGUAAUGAUAAAAGA